UCGGAGAAAUAUGUUGUUUAAAAAUAGUGGCGUGGCGGGGGAGAAGGUAGCAAGAACGAAGUUUACUAUGAAUUAUGAAUAUGAACGUUAGCAAGAGGUUGGAAGAAGGUUUGGUUUCAUUGUUGAGCAAAAGCACCACCACCCUCAAAACAUCCAAACAAACUCACGCUCAUCUCUACGUAACUGGCCUUCACACUCACCCCUUCUUCUUCGGCAAGCUCCUUCUCCAAUGCGCAAUCUCCAUCUCCGACCAUGCUCUCCAAUACGCUCUCCGUCUCUUUCACCACUUCCCCAGCCCCGACACUUUCAUGUACAACACCAUCAUCCGUUCACUCUCUCAUUCUUCCACCCCUCUCACUUCCCUACAACCCUUUAUCCAAUUACUUCGCCACCCCACUCUCUUCCCUGAUAGUUUCUCCUUCGCUUUUGUACUCAAAGGGGUUGCUAACUAUGGUUACUUGAAGAGACCCGGCAUUCAGUUACAUUCUCAGGCUUUUCGUCAUGGGUUUGAUGACCAUAUAUUUGUUGGAACGACUUUGAUUAGUAUGUAUGCUGAAUGUGGGUGUUAUGUGUCUGCAAGAAAGGUGUUUGAGGAAAUGUCUCAACCGAAUGUUGUUGCGUGGAAUGCUGUUGUUACUGCUUGUUUUAGGUGUGGGGAUAUGGAGGGUGCUUGGGGUGUGUUUCAAAGGAUGCCUAUUAGGAAUCUGACUUCUUGGAAUGUGAUGCUUGCGGGUUAUGUUAAAGGCGGCGAGCUUGGGUUUGCGAGAAGAGUUUUUUCUGAAAUGCCGAUGAGAGAUGAUGUUUCUUGGAGUACUAUGAUUGUUGGGUUUGCUCAAGGUGGUUCUUUUGAUGAUUCUUUUGGGUUUUUUAGGGAGUUGCUGCGGGAGGGAAUUAGGCCGAGUGAGGUUAGUCUCACUGGGGUUUUAUCUGCUUGUGCUCAGGCUGGGGCGUUUGAGUUUGGUAAGAUUUUGCAUGGGUUUAUGGAGAAAGCUGGGGUUCUUUGUAUUGUUUCGGUUAAUAAUGCUCUCAUUGAUAGUUACUCCAAGUGUGGAAAUGUUGAUAUGGCUAAGAUGGUCUUUCAAAAUAUGCCUGUUGUGAAGUGCACUGUGUCUUGGACAUCUAUGAUAGCAGCACUUGCAAUGCAUGGUCGUGGAGAGGAGGCCAUCCGACUUUUUCAUGAGAUGGAAAAGUCUGGAUUUACACCGGACGGUAUCACGUUUAUAUCUCUCCUUUAUGCUUGUAGCCAUAGUGGUUUGGUUGAUCAAGGGUGUGCUUUGUUUUCUAAGAUGAAGGAUUUGUAUGGAAUUGAACCUGCCAUUGAGCAUUAUGGUUGUAUGGUUGAUCUGUAUGGUCGAGCUGCUAGAUUGCAGAAGGCCUAUGAAUUUAUAUGUCAGAUGCCAAUUUCGCCUAAUGCAAUCAUUUGGAGGACCCUCCUCGGGGCUUGUAGCAUUCAUGGUAACAUCGAAUUGGCAGAGCUUGUGAAAGCAAGGCUUACUGAAAUGGAUCCAAACAACUCUAGUGACCAUGUACUGCUCUCAAAUGUUUAUGCUGUUGCAGGGAAAUGGAAGGAUGUUGCUGGCAUAAGAAGAACAAUGAUUGAGAAGAGCAUGAAAAAAACUCCUGGUUGGAGUAUGAUUGAAAUUGACAAGGUCAUUUAUGGUUUUGUGGCAGGUGAAAAGCCUAACGAGGUUACAGAAGAGGCCCAUGAUAAACUGAGAGAAAUAAUGUUGAAACUCAGAACAGAAGAAGGUUAUGCGCCUCAGGUAAGAAGUGUUUUGCAUGAUAUUGAAGAGGAAGAAAAAGAAGAUUCAGUGACCAAGCACAGUGAGAAGCUUGCUGCAGCUUUUGGAAUAGCAAAACUUCCUAAAGGAAAGGUUUUAAGAAUAGUGAAGAACCUGAGAGUUUGUGGGGACUGCCAUACUGUAAUGAAGUUGAUUUCUAAAGUCUAUCAAGUAGAAAUUGUUGUGAGAGAUAGAAGUCGCUUUCACUCAUUCAAAGAUGGAUUUUGUUCCUGCAGAGAUUACUGGUGACAGAAGCAAACAAUUAGUUGACUUGAAAUGUAACAAUAGAACUUCUGGUAUCAUUCAUUCAAAGUACAAGACAUCUAUCGGAAGUAUUAAAAAAAGUGAAAAUGAUAAGAAGCCAUGCCAUAAAAGCUAAAGAGGAACGACAUGAAAAUUGAGGUAUUCACCAUGUAACUACAGGCACAGGCACAGUCGCAACGCAACAAAUUUCCAAAUCCUGUCUUUACCUAAAGAAAAUCAGACUGCGCCUACUAUCAAACAUUCAUGAAAAAUGUUGAUGAUGCCACAACCAUGGUCACAUCACAUCAGUAACUAUGUAUUUCUCCAACAGGUGAACCAUAUGCUAAAAAUGAGUGGAGAGUUAGAGGAAUCUAUGAUUGGAGAGGCAGACCAGAUGCAGAUGCACCUGAAGCAAAUACAUCAAUUGCAACAUCAACUGUAAAUAUCAAGUCAACUACCUCCCAAGUAGCGUCUGCACAUGCUUCUGCAGGUGCUGGUAUGCUUCCAUCCAAAUCAUGCUACAAGUUCUCAAGUUUGUUCCUGGCUUCAAUUUUGCCAGUUGAUUCUUAUAUUAUGCUCAAAUCUGUAAGCAGUCCCCAGUUUCUUGUUAUUUGAGUAUUGGUCCCUAUUUUUACACAUUUCACGGAGUGCAGUCCUUACUUCCAAGUUCCAACCAAUUCUGAUUGCAGAAGUAAAACUAUCAAUUUGAAUGAUAUGAUCGUUUAUUCAUA